AUGGACCUUAAGGGUAACAAUCCUGGAUCCGCCACUGACGUGUAUCUCUCGCAUCUGUUCAGUCAAGAUGGUACAAAUAGUUUCAUUGUUUCAAUUCUGAAUGGGAUUGCCAUGGGAGCUGGGGUUGGUAUUUCAGUCCACGGAAAAUUCCGUGUAGCAACAGAGAAUUUGAUCUUUGCAACGCCAGAAAAUGGUCUGGGAUUUUUUCCUAAUGUGGGUGCUUCUUAUUUCUUGUCAAGACUUCCUGGAUUUUUUGGAGAGUAUUUGGGUCUCACAGGUGCCAGGUUGGAUGGUGCUGAAAUGCUUGCUUGUGGUCUAGCAACUCACUUUGUUCCCUCAGCCAAAUUGCCUCUACUGGAAAAGGCUCUGAUUUCCAGAGCAGCUUCAGCUACUUCCUCAAGCUUUGAUCUUGCUUUUAUUUCAGCAAUUAUAGACGAACACUCCCUACAGCAACCGGCUAUGAACGAGAAAAGUGCUCUUCACAAAAUUGAUGUCAUUAACAAGUGCUUUUCCAGACCAACAAUUGAAGAAAUCUUAAGUGCCCUUGAGAGGGAGGCUGCAGAAGCAAACAUGGCACAUGAUGACCAUCGUUAUGAAUGGUUAGCUUUGACGAUUCGUUUACUGAAGAAGGCAUCGCCGAUGAGCUUGAAGAUUUGUUUGAGAUCCAUUAGAGAAGGAAGGAUGCAGGCAAUUGAUGAAUGCCUUGUCCGCGAGUACAGAAUAACUAGCCAUAUACUGCGAGGGCAAAUGAGCAAGGACUUCAGAGAAGGUUGUAGAGCUAUCGUGUGGGACAAGGAUAAGAAACCAAAGUGGAAGCCUUAUAGUUUGGAGCUCAUCACUGACCAUAUGGUUGAUCACUACUUCUCUAAGUUGGAUGGUGAUGAAGAAUUAAAGCUCCCUGAUCAAAGAUCCAACUUGCCUGCAUUUGCCAAUGCCAAGCUUUGA